UUUGUUAAUAAAGUUACGUUGACACCGUUUGAAGCCAAGAUGGCGGUGCGCAUACCGCUGUUUUCAAAGAUGUCACCCUCAGCUUCAGUAGGGUGUAGGCUGCUUUUAAAAGAGCAAUAUCCUUCCAUAAAGCUGUUUAAAUCUCUGGCAGAGCUCUGUAGACGAGGUUACUCAGUGGAAGCCCAGCAGGUGGUGGAGGAGAGCAGUGCCAGCACCGCCGGGUUCCGCGGGCCUCUGGACCACUAUAACGGACUGAUCAGGGACGGGACGCUGAAGGAGGAUGAGCAUCAGAAAGCGGUGAUGCAGACCCUGGACCAGCUCCACAAGAGACUGAGAGGAUACAGCAACACACCGACGUCUAUAUUCUCCAAGUUUUUCACCAAACCAAAACCUCCACAAGGUUACUACAUCUUCGGUGAUGUAGGCACAGGAAAGACGAUGGUGAUGGAUAUGUUUUACUCAUAUGUUGAGACUGAAAAGAAGAAGAGGGUUCACUUCCAUGGUUUUAUGUUGGAUGUGCAUAAGCGGAUCCAUCGGCUCAAGCAGAGUAUGCCGAAAAGGAAAGCAGGAAAAAUGGCCAAAUCCUACGACCCUAUUGCUCCAGUCGCCGAGGAGAUCAGUGAGGAGGCCUGUCUGCUGUGCUUUGAUGAGUUUCAGGUCACUGAUAUUGCUGAUGCCAUGAUUCUGAAGCAGCUCUUUGAGAAUCUGUUUCUAAACGGUGUCGUCGUUGUGGCCACUUCUAAUCGUCCGCCUGUAGACUUGUAUAAAAACGGUUUACAGAGAGUCAACUUCGUCCCUUUCAUCGCUGUGUUGCAGAAUCACUGUCAGACUCUGCGUCUGGAUUCUGGCAUAGAUUACCGAAAAAGGAACAGACCCUCAGCUGGGAAACUCUACUUUGUCACCAGUGAACCUGAUGUAGAAGCGACAUUAGACAAGAUGUUUGAUGAGCUGGCUUUCAAGCAGAAUGACAUAACACGACCAAGAGUCCUGAAUGUUAACAACAGGAAAGUGCGUUUGGAAAAAGCAUGUGGGACCAUCGCAGACUGUACGUUUGAGGAGCUGUGUGAUCGACCUUUAGGGGCCAGCGACUACCUGGAGAUGUCUCGUCUGUUUGACACCAUCUUUAUUCGUCACAUUCCUCUGCUGACGCUGAACAAGAAAACUCAAGCCAGGCGGCUCAUAACGCUGGUGGAUGCUCUCUACGACCACAAGGUUCGUGUUGUGAUUCUAGGAGAUCAUCCUCUAGAGGAUCUCUUUGUGCAGGACGGGGAUCACAGUCAUGAUGAAAGCCACAUCCUGAUGGACGAUCUGGGGCUGAAAAGGGAAGAGGCCAGCGGUCUGUCAAUCUUCAGUGGAGAAGAGGAACGCUUCGCCUUCCAGAGGACGGUGUCUCGACUGACAGAGAUGCAGACGGAGGAGUACUGGAUCGAAGGAGACAGAAGUUUGAAAUCAUAGGUGCAGCGUUUUGAAAUAACUCGUCCAUUUUGCACAACCUCCGUAAACUGUUCUCCUCUUUGCCAAAACCACACAGACUGAACACCACUCCUACUCAACCUGUUAAUGGACCGCUCAGCUGGAGGUGUGCAAAUACUGUACAGAGAAUAUUUAUUGAAAGCUUACAGCCUUUUAUGAUUUUAUUGAGACAAUGCACUUUAUGGAUCAUUUUGAAGGUGUCAUAUUGCUUUUAAUCAUAUAGUGGUCCAACUGUAUUUACUUUUAUAGACAUGUGGGGGAAAAGGAGCUGCACAACUCAUGAUUCUUAAAGGACUUUUAUGAAGAUUUGACAUUUUAAUCUUUGAGCUAUAUCAUGUUUAUGAAAUAUAUAUAAAAUAUAUCUCAAUGAGUUGUACAUGACUCUAACACAAGCUUGAAUACAGGGGUGACAGAUUGUUUCUCUGGGUUCAAGCAGUGUGUUCUUACUUGAUGAUUUGACUCCAUUUAUCACUUUUUUCAUCUGUUGGAUAAAAAGAAAACGACAUGUAUCACAGGGCUUCCCGGGUACGCUGUAUUCUUAUGUAUCUGCUACAUAAACGCACAAAUGAUGAGUUGCUGAGGUUUCAAA